AUGCAGAGAUCUCACGCUACUCCCAGUUCUUCUGGCGGCAAAGCCAAGCAGGCAAUGUCCCCUGGAAAGUCACCUGGCAAGUCACCAGUCAAGUUGCCCUCGAAACCUAUCUAUCGCCAACUCCCACCUAUUCCGCUCUGCAAGUGCCGCGAUCGUGUGGAAGAGUCGACCUUUGCACAGGGCGAGAGACUCGAGUGGCCUCUUGUUCGCGAAAAGAUCCUGCGUGUCUUUCCUCGUUCCUCCAACCCCAUCAUGCCCUGCGAAUGGGGUCAAAAACUUGUCAGACAAGAUGCCGACGGUCGCACUUGGGAGCUUCACUACCUGGAACUCAAGGAGUGCAUCACCGCACCUUCCUAUAUGCCUGUUGCACCUCAUGCUCUACCCCAAGUAUUGCUCCGUGGAGAGAGCGCAACCAGAAUGUCUGAUGCAUUGGAGAGCGUCAUGAACAUCUUGGACCAGAUGCCCCACGACUGGAGAUACGACACCAACACCAAGCUUCCCAUCCAUGCCGAGGAGUUCCCUGCCUUCGAGAUCAACUGCUCUAUGUGUGGACUUCCUCGUAAGGAUCCAAGAUAUCUUCCGUCCAAGCCCCAGACCAGCCACAAGCUCAAUCUCAAGCGCUAA